AUGGCGAAGCUCACAGUCCACCACCUCCAAGUCGGACAGGGAGAGCGCAUCCCUUUCCUCCUGGAAGAACUUGAUAUCCCAUAUGAGAUCAAGCUCUACCAGCGCAACCCUUUUUUGGCACCGCCAGAAUUGAAAGAGAAGCAUCCAAUGGGUGCAUCUCCGCUCCUAGAGGACGCUACUUCUGACCCAGAGAAUCCGCUGCUUCUCGCCGAGUCGGGCGCUAUUGUUGAAUAUGUUAUCAACAAAUAUGGGAACGGUCGACUUGCCCUACCACCUUCGCAUCCGAACUACGCCGACUACCUGUACUGGCUUCACUUCUCAAAUGGCAACCUGCAGCCCACUAUUUUCCGCAGAUUCCAGGCGCGCAUGUUUGGAAUCGACCCUGCGGAUCAGCGCUUCCAGGGUACUGACGAACGUGUUAAGAGGGCCGUGGGCCACCUUAACAAGCGUCUCGAAUCGAACGACUACCUGGCCGGCGAUGAAUUUACCGCGGCGGACAUAAUGACAACGUGGUGUUUCACUACGAUGCGCAGAUUUGAGCCCUUGGACUUGACCGACUAUCCCGGCAUUUUGGCAUGGCUGAAGAGGGUCACAGCACGACCUGCUUAUCAAAGAGCGAUGAAGAGGGGCGACCCCGAUGAGGAUCUCGAGAAGGCAAUCAGUGCUGAGGGACCACCGCGGUUUGUACCUAAGUCGUAA